AUUCCUUAGCCACCACUUAAUAAGCAGCAGCCAUGAAGCUUCUCUCCAUACAAUAGGAAGCUUACCAAGUAAACCCCCUCCCACUGAGCUCUCACAAUCACACACACUUAUAUAGCAAACAUCCAUGGAUGCUCAAUUGGUGAUCAUGGAUGAGGAUCGCAGCAGUGACCCGAACAACACAAUCAGGCCCGGUUCGUCUCUCAGCCCGGCCCACGAACCGGGCUUUGAGGUUUCGGAUUUCUUUGAGUUCAACGACUGGAUUGAGGAGGUCCCGCCGUUCUCUUCCCCUCUCUCGGCUGCUUGUUACGAUUCUCAGAAUAUGAGCUAUACGAGCGCCAUCAGCAGCAGCAGUAGUUUUCUUGAAGGGGCUAUCAAUAGAGACGGUGGGAGAGAGGAGAAGAGAGAGAAAGUUGCUUUCAAGACCAAAUCUGAAGUUGAAGUUCUUGAUGAUGGUUUCAAGUGGAGAAAGUAUGGGAAGAAGAUGGUGAAAAACAGCCCUAAUCCAAGGAACUACUAUAGAUGUUCAGUAGAAGGAUGCCCAGUGAAGAAGAGAGUCGAACGAGACAAAGAGGACCCGCUCUACGUUGUGACAACGUACGAGGGAAUUCACAACCAUCAAGGUCCUUAUCAACUGUAGUUUAGAAACUCAUAGAGUUUACCUGAGUUUGCAGAUGAUGGCGAUGCGCUCUGACGAUGUAUGAUCGACAAACAUCAAUAUUUAGGCUGCUACAAGAAGUUCAUUGUUUGCAGUGAACAUAUUAAGAAUAAACUCCAAUCAGUAGAGAGAGAGGGAGAGAGAAGCAAUGCUAGUCAGUAGAAAAACACAAUGGAUUGGUAAUUUAUGAAGAAUUUUGUACAGUGAUGCUAUGUGCAGCAAAUCUUGUUACAUUUUUCAAAACCUAUCUAUUACUAAUAAAUUAAAGAAGCUAUUCUUCUGCUCCUUUUUCAUCA